GCGAAGUCCAGGGGUGUGGUGCUUGUGUAAGUUGGGGAUUGCCUCAUGUCUUAUGAUAUGGAGAAUGGGAAUUAUGGGGAAGCCCUUGUCUGUUCUCUCUGCCUUGAGUUAUUUGUGGAGCCUGUUCUGGUGGACUGUGACCGUAAUUUCUGCCGCACUUGUAUUGAGUCCUACAGGGAGGCCCAGGGUGGCAGUGUCUGUUGCCCACUGUGCGGUGUGAGUACCGAGAGGUUGGUGCUGCAGCCCAACCGUGUACUAAGGAACGUGGUGGAUAAGAUUCGCCGGCUGACCACCCCCCAGCAGGACCUGACUGAGGAUGAGAGGCGCCUGUGCCCGGAGCACCAGGAGAAGCUGACCCUGGUCUGUGAGACGGAUGGUAUGAUCGUCUGCCUGGUGUGUAGGGACUCGAAACUUCACAAGCAGCACCGAUUCAGGGAGCGGGCAGAAUUCCUGGCAUCCUGCAAGGAUAAAGGUGCGGUGCUCUUAAACACUCUCAACCAGAAGGUGGUCUCUUUAAAAGAUGUGGUGCAGAAACAAGGGCUGGAGAUUGCACAGAUCAAGGAUAUGGGUUGCAGUCUGAUCUGCCACAUUGCUCAGCAGUUUGCUGACCUGCACAGAUUCCUCAAUGAGUGCGAACAACAGCUCCUGGAGAAGCUGGAGGCUCAUGUGGAAGGCCACCUGGCGGGAAUGGAAGGAAACCUUACAAAGCUACGGGCGAUACUCUUCUCCACUGAGCAGGACACCUUGAGUAUUGAGGCCAAAUUGGAUCAAGGUGACUUGGCAUCUCUUAAGGAAGUUAGUUCUUGGAGGGACAGCAGGCUUUCUGAAGAGAUACCCACUGUUCUGCCUGGGAAUGUGUGCCUGGGAACAUACAAAGGUCCAUUACAGUACAAACUAUGGAAGGAAAUGAAGAAUAUCAUCCAUCCAGUUCCCCUCAGUCUGACCCUGGAUCCUCAAACAGCAAACCCUUGGCUCCUGCUAUCGGAGGACCUGACCAGUGUGACUGUCACUGAAACCAAGCAGAUUGUCCCUGAUGGCCCAGCCAGGUUUGACGUGUGUGUGUCUGUCUUGGCAACGGAGGGUUUCACAUCUGGCACACACUACUGGGAGGUGGAAGUGAGCAGCAAGUCCAAAUGGGACCUGGGUGUAGCCAGAGAAUCCAUUAACAGGAAGGGGGACAUUGCUUUGAAGCCUGAGAAUGGAUACCUGGCAAUUUCCCUGACCAAUGGAGGGCAGUACUGUGCUCUGACGUCCCCCACUGUCACUCCCCUGCAGCCGAGUGGGGGACCCAGUCGGAUUGGUGUUUAUGUGGACUAUGAGGGAGGCCAAGUGUCCUUUUACAAUGCUGAUGACUUUGCUCAUCUCUACACGUUUACUGAGACACUUACAGAGAAAAUAUUCCCUUACUUUUGCCCCUGCUUGAAUGACACUGGAGACAAUGGUGCCCCUCUCUCUGUGGUUUCCUUUCAGUAGAUAGUUUAAGAUCUUUAGUUUAAUACUGGCAUCUCCCCAGGUUUGUGUAAAAUUGGGGGGGAAAAACACCCUUCACUGAGUGCAGCUAUAGGUGAGACUGGGCAUGAUGAUAAACUAAACUAUUCUGAUUACUUUUCUAACGUUAUUGGCAAUGCAUCCAGAAUGCACUGAGCUCCACUGUCCACGUAAUCAGCAAUGUCUGACCCAGUGUUUCUAGUCUGUUUCAGACUACCUGUGUCUGAUGAAUUCCAUAUCAUAGUGAAAUGUAAGAUUAAUAAACUUAAUCUUUUGUGAAAAAGCAAAA